CGUACUGAUUAAUCUGUAUGCUUCGUUCUCAACGGCUUCUCUUUCUCUCUCUAUCUAUCCAUAUCUUGCAUACUUUGCUUGCGUGUACUGCAGCUCGGGCUCAUGCAUUGUCUUGUUCAAUGGCUGCAUCGAUCCCAUCUCGUCUCAUGUGCAUGUGUUGGUGUUAAGCUUUUCUCGGCAACUUGGCUCGCCUGGGGGCACCACCACCAGCACCACUGUGAAGGUCUGGUCUGGUCUGGUCGUCUGGAGGAUAAAGGAUUCUCAAAAGUUGCGAUUUUUUUUUCACCUCCUGUCUCUCUCUCAUGAACGUAAUUUGAUUCGACGCAAAGAUCUCUCUCUAUCUGUUCUUGUUUCCAAAAAUGCGCUCUACACCUGUUGCUCCCAAACUGGUCGCCUUCCUUUUUUUCUUCUCCUUUCUUGUUUGCGUCUUUUUGGGCUGAUGCCGUCCCUUUUCGAACCUCGAGUCCCCAAACAAACCUCUCUCUCUCCAAAUCGCGCUUAUUUACCUAUUCUUUAUUAAUGGCAUCUCUAUUGAUGAGAGAGAGAGGAGAGAGAGAGAGAGGCCCAAGCUUUGCUUUGUCCGCUAAUGGCCGCUCAUGUCAUACCUCACCCCAUGGUGGUCACCUUUUUAUUUGAAACCCGUGGCCACUCGCACGCUCUUUCUUCCGUUUUCCCUCUCUUAUUCGAAACUCGCCGUCUUUCACUGCCACUUGCUCACUAGCUCUCGUUACUGUUGGGUUGGUAGAUUCAGCUGCCCGGUCGCCGGAGCUGCCAGGUCCGGCGAUGGGCAAGGCGGCGCGGUGGUUCCGCAGCAUCUUGGGCGGCGGCGGGGGCAAGAAGGAGCAGAGGGGGCAGCAGGACCACCCGGUGGCUCCGCCGAGCAACGCGAAGCGGUGGAGCUUCGGCAAAUCCUCGCGGGACUCCGCGGAAGCGGCGGCUGCCACGGCGGCUACUGCUGCUAAUGCAGACAGGGGCAACGCAGCGAUCGCGCGGGCGGCGGAGGCGGCGUGGCUCAGGUCGGCGGCGUACGCCGAGACGGAGCGGGAGCAGAGUAAGCACGCCAUCGCCGUGGCAGCGGCCACCGCGGCGGCUGCGGACGCGGCCGUUGCCGCAGCCCAGGCAGCCGUCGCCGUCGUGCGACUCACCAGCAAGGGCCGCACGGCGCCUGUACUCGCCACCGCCGGCGGUCGCGCCGCUGCGGCCGUGAGGAUACAGACGGCUUUCCGAGGAUUCUUGGCCAAGAAAGCGUUGCGAGCGCUCAAGGCGCUGGUGAAGCUGCAGGCUCUGGUGCGCGGCUACCUCGUGCGCAAGCAGGCGGCCGCCGCGCUGCAGAGCAUGCAGGCCCUCGUCCGAGCGCAGGCCACUGUGCGCGCGCACCGCGCCGGCGUUGCCGUCCUCCAUGAACUCCGCCACCCUCCCGUCCGGCCGCGCUACUCGCUGCAAGAGCGGUACGCGGAUGACACGCGGAGCGAGCACGGGGCGGCGGCGUACAGCAGCCGGCGGCUGGCAGCGAGCAUCGAAUCCUCGUCGUACGGGUACGACCGGAGCCCCAAGAUCGUGGAGGUGGACCCCGGCCGGCCCAAGUCGCGGUCGUCCUCGCGCCGGGCGAGCUCCCCGCUGCUCGACGCCGGCAGCGGCGAGGAGUGGUGCGCCAACUCCACGUCCUCGCCGCUGCCGUGCUACUUGGCCACCGGGCCGCUGCGCGUCGCCGUGCCGACCUCCCGCCAGUUCCUGGACUACGACUGGUGCGCGCUGGAGAAGGCCCGUCCGGCGACGGCGCAGAGCACGCCGCGGUACGUGUGCGCGCCGGCCACCCCGACCAAGUCCGUCGCGGGCUACUCACCGUCGCUCAACUGCCCGAGCUACAUGUCAAGCACACAGUCGUCGGAGGCCAAGGUGCGGUCGCAGAGCGCGCCGAAGCAGCGGCCGGAACUCGGCGGGGGCGCGCGGAAGCGGGUGCCGCUGAGCGAGGUGGUGGUGAUGGAGUCCUCCCGCGCAAGCCUGAGCGGCGUCGUGGGCAUGCAGCGCGCGUGCACCCGGGCGCAGGAGACGUUCAGCUUCAAGACGGCCGUCGUCGGCCGCAUCGACCGCACGUUGGAGGUCGCCGGCGAGAACGACCGGCUGGCGUUCUUGCAGAGGAGGUGGUGAUCUGCAGGGCAGGCUCCAAUUGGCAACGCCAACAAGACGACGAGAGCUUUGGGAGAGUAAUUAGCAAUAAGAAUGCGUUUUCAUGUGUUCUUGCGAGUUCUCGUCCUUUUCUUUUUUGUUUUUGUUUUUUGCAAUGUGAUCAUCCAUGCGACUUGUGUUUCUUCUUUCUUUUGUAUUUCUCUGUGGCAAACAAGUGUAUGAGGAAAAGUUGAUUCAUAGUGCACUUGGUAUGUAACUUCUUGCUCUUA